GAAGUAUCUGACACGUCCGUGUUGCCUCGCGCCAUCCGCAUCACUUCCUCCAUAACGUUCUUCCUCAGUUUUUCACCUGUCCACCCUUCUGCUUGCGUGUGUGUGCGUUUGCGAUGAUGACGAUGAUCAGCGGCUUUGUAGCGUGGGCGAAGGCGUGGAUCGAAACACCUGCCAACUUUAAAGGCAGCUCGGCCCGAAACUUCCUCGACGCGGCACCGGAUUACCCCUGCUACGCGGCGCUGCUGUACAUCGUCGCCGUCUUCUUCCUGCCCAGCCUGAUCGAGCGGCGGGGGUGGACCUUCGACAUGAAGUACGGCGUCGCCGCGUGGAACCUCGCCCUCUCCGUCGUGUCAACGCUUGGGUCCUACUACUGUCUGCAGAACCUGUACGAUACAAUUUUUCAUGAGAAGGGGUUUCACAAGACGUGCUGCGCGCAGCUCACCGUGCGGCACACGACCGCCUUCGCAAGCCACACCAUCCGCAACGACUACUACGACCCCAGCGCGGACGGUGCCUUCGAUGCGGCGAACAUCCACCGGCACAACCCGCACAUCGCGACGUACACGCAUCAGCUGCUGGACAAGAACUACGACGGUCCGCGUGCCUUCUACACCGCCCUCUUUAUGUACCUGAAGACGCCGGAGCUGCUCGACACGCUCUUCCUCAUCCUUCAGAACAAGCCGGUCUCCUUCCUGCACUGGUACCACCACAUCGUCACCGCCAUCUACUGCUGGCACGCCUCGUACGUGCUGAUUCCCAGUGGUAUUAUCUUUUCCACCAUGAACUACUUCGUGCACUCCAUCAUGUACUUCUACUACUUCCUGGUGGUGAUGGGGCUGCGCAAGACGAUCCGGCCUUUUGCGCCGGUCAUCACGCUGCUGCAGGUGGUGCAGAUGUUCAUCGGCAUGUACGUGACGACGUACACCUACUUCCAGCACUGGCUCGCGCCGGAGCAGACAGGUACAUGGUUCUAUCUGCUUUGUGAGGCGGUGCUGACGGCGUGGAACUGCGUGGCCGUCCAAGCGAAGAGUCUCUUUUCCACCGGUGCGCUGGCCUCGAGCGUGCCGCCGUAUGUGAUGAGCGACCACUUCUGGGGCUGCGACAGCGACCCGACGAACAUGCGCAUGGGCAUGAUGAUGUACGGCAGCUACUGCGUGCUGUUCGCCGUGCUGUUCAAGGAGCUGUACCUGGACCCGCGUGAGCACAAGAACUCGCUGGUGCUGGGCAACAAGGAGGCGAAGAAGUCGAAAGCGCAAAACGGCAAGGCGGAGGUGGUGAGCGGGAAGACGACGGAGGCGGCGCAGCCACUGAAGAAGAAGGGUUGA